AUGCAUGAAAUAUACGUGCCUUUACCGCGAGACUUGACUGUUGAAAAGAAAUUAAGUCGUAGUGUAGUUUUAUCUUGGACAGUGCAACAGGAUACGUUUACACCCGUAUCGCAGUAUCACGUUUGUGUGGACGGUAUCGUUCGAGCUGUUGUUCCUGGUUCUUUUGAGUGUAAAGCACUUAUCGAAGACAUCGAUCUAUCGAAAUCGGUUAAUCUUUCUGUAAGGGCAGUUGCUGAGAGCGGUCAUAGUCCUGAUGCUGCUUGUACUAUUUCAUUGGGAAAAGCUCCACAACAUGUGCGAGUUUCAUCGUUAACGCCUAUUUCUGCAAUUGUUUCUUGGUACCCUAGCGAUAGCAACGCUGAACAUAUUAUUUUGCUCAACGCUGUUAAAGUUGGAGUGUGUCCUCCUUCUAUCUUUCAGGUCCAGCUAAAUGGUCUUUCACCUUCAACAAUUUAUCGUGUUUCAGUAAGAACAAAGCAUCCGAAAGCGGUCCUUGAACAGCGGCCAGUAGAAAGAUGUGUUGACUUCAAGACGAUGCCAAAAAUUGGCCUUCCUGAUCCGCCUACGAAUGUUCAAGUUGAAAUUGGCCCACAACCUGGCACUUUGUUAGUUUCUUGGACACCGGUUAUUACUCAACCACUUCCACCAUCAAGAGCAGCUAUUCAUUCAUAUCUAGUCUAUGCUGAUGGUCGCAAUAUUGCUCAAGUACCAAAUGCAGAUGGUUAG